AUGCGUUCCUACACGGUGAACUUUCUGAAGAUGUCUACAUGGUUGUUCCUCUUGGUGUCAUGGGUCACCGUAGUUCACAGUUGCAAAAUAAAUAAAUCUCUCUAUGGAUAUAAACAAGCUCAUGUUGAUCAUAGCCUUUUCAUUAAAUCUGAUGCGUCUAAAUUUACUACUCUGAUUAUAUACGUGGAUGACAUUGUUUUAACUGGAAGUUCUAUGCAUGAGACUGCCCACAUUAAGCAAAUAUUACAUUCACAUUUUCAUAUAAAAGAUCUUGGUCUUUUGAAAUAUUUUUUGGGUAUAGAAGUUGCUCAUUUAGAUGCAAGAAUCUCCUUGUGUCAAUGGAAAUACUAUUUAGAUCUCCUCAAGGAUUCUGGUACGACAAGAUCCAAACCCUGUUCCACACCCAUGGAUAGUGCACUUCGUUUACAUCAAUAUUCCACUAAACCUCUCGCCUAUCCACUUUCGUAUCGAAGACUUGUUGGUCGUCUAUUGUAUCUUACUACCACACGUCCUGAUAUCACUUUUGCCACACAACAACUAAGUCAAUUCAUGGGUAAUCCUACUCAGAUGCAUCUUCGAGCAGCCAUGAGGGUCCUUCAUUAUCUCAAGCACAACCCCAGGAAAGGUUUGAUGUUCAGCCGUGAUUCUCCUAUCCAAAUUCUUGGUUUUAGUGAUGCAGAUUGGGCGACCUGUGUUGAUUCAAGAAGGUUUGUUACAUGGUAUUGUUUCUUUCUUGGAAAUUCCUUAAUUUCUUGGAAGACAAAGAAGCAAAACAUUGUAUCUCGCCCAUCAUCUGAAGCUGAAUACCGAGCCCUUGCUUCAACCACUUGA